AUGGAACGUCACUCCCUUGAUUUCUCCUUUGAUCAAGCUACUGAGAUAAUUGAUCUGGACGAAAAGCUGGAGAUGUUCUGAGCGGAUGAAGAGACUGCCCAAGGGCACCCUCUCAAUACUCGGAUUCAUAACCCAUACCAGUAUGUGUACACAAGUGAUAGUUAUACCUGUGUUCUGGCUGCAAAGCUUUGUCUAGAUGGUUAUGUCAAGGCACAACCUAAAAUUAUGAAUUACCUUACUGAUAAUAAGAAGUAUACUAAGAAUGAAGAUAUUCAGAUGAUCAUUACCAAGAUUCUUUUGUUUGAAGCUCUUUUACAAACUGUUAUUAUUAAUCUGAGGCAUCAUGAGACUAUGAAGGACCAUCAAGAGGUUGAUCUAGACACUUUAGAGAAAUAUAAAACUGACGCUAUUCUUCAGGAAUUAGAGGAGAGUAGCAGCUUUAAAACUCAGGAACAGCUUGAUGACCAUCUUACUGAGAUUUCAGAGAAAUUUAUCCAUAUUGAUAAGAAUGUGCUCCAAAAUUGGGUUCUUGGAGCUGAACUUAUUUGAGUUCCAGCUGUUUACUGAGUAAUUCGCUCUCUUGAAAAAUCUUUACAUAUGGUGAACCUGACUGCAAACUUGUUAGAUGAACAAGAUAAGAGCAGACACAGAAAAAUAUUUAUUAGCAUGGCUCACAGAAUGGCCUGUUUGUUUGACUUUCUGUAUGCAGCAUGCCUAGAUGAUCCAAACGAUAUAUUUUAUCAAAAUGAUAAGGAAAAUGAAGAUCUUAAACUUUUGUUAGAUUGCUGUAAUUUCUCAAUGGUAGAAGACCCUCAAGAACACUUAGAGAAUAACAAAUAAAAGAGUGAUCGACAAGCAUGAACAAAUAGCCAUCGCUAUGAGAGGAUUCAAGUAUAAAAACAUUGUUAGUCAGGCAUUCUCCAGUAUUUCUUGGUCUGUAUACUAUAAGAUCAAGAAGCAUAAGGUUUGGGACCAUGGCACCUUUCUGGCUUCUAUCUUAGAUAGGGAUGCUCUUGUCAGAGUUUUCAAGCUGAUCCAGUCAAAUUUUGUUCAGAAACAAACAGAAAACCAGAAGGAUUUGCCAGAAUGAGACGUUAAGUCUGCAAUUACUAUCCCUUUCUGACAAGAAGAUAUUUUGACUCUUGAAAACUUAGAAGAUGAGGAACUCCCAGAGAUGAUUAAGAAUGACCUUGAUCUUCCUUUCACCAAAAAGGAUGAGAAUAUGGAUAAGACAACUCAUACUCAGAUCAGAGUUAACUGAGAGUUUAACUGGAGCAGAGUAAAUUGGAAGAAAGGCAAACUUAUUGAUCCCAAUUCUGACUGAAUACACUACGAUUGUGUUAUUUUGUACAUUCAUGGAGGAGGCUUUAUGACAGGAUCUUCUGCUUCUUAUCAAUAUUACACUAUCAAUUUUGCAAAAGAGACUGGAUAUCCGGUGUUUUCACUGGAUUAUCGGUUAGCUCCUGAAUAUCAGUUUCCUUGUGCUUUAAACGAUUGAUGGCAAGCAUAUCUUUGGAUUGUUAAAUAUGCAAAGAAGUACUUGAAAAUUACUUAUGAUAAAAUUAUUUUGAUGGGGGACUCUGCCGGUGGUAAUUUGUGACUCGGGAUCACUGCUUUGUCUAUCAUCAAGCAUUGCAAAAUCCCAGAUGGUCUGAAUGUUGUUUACCCUGCUAUUGCUCUUUCAAAAAUUAAAUUCGCACCUUCAUUUUUACUUUCUCUCGAUGAUGUAAUUUUAAGUUGAACAUUCUUAAACAUUUGUGGUAAUUUUUAUGCAGGAAAUGAGUUAACUAAAAAUCCUCCUGCUCUGUUAUCAGUUGACAAACUCUCCGAUAAGAUCUUGAAACGAUUCCCUCCCUGAAGAUUUGUAGUAGCUGGUCAUGACCCUUUGAGAGAUGACUGAUUCCGGUUUGUUUUACGGCUCAAAAAACAAGAUGUUGAUGUAAAGCUGACAGAAUUUAAGGCUCUAAUGCAUGCAUUUAUUGGUAACGAAAGGGACUCUCAUCCUAUUCCUGAGUCUCAGAAAGCUAUUACUACCAUUAUAAAUUACCUCAAAGAGCUGUGUAAAAAGGAUGAUGAGUAAUAAUCACCCAUAUUUUCAUAUCGUACGUCAAUCGUAUUUAUUUAU